CACACUGAGAGACUGGUCGUUGUACAGAGUGGUGGAGAUGAGAUGACAUGAGUGGACCUGGACGCUGCCUACUCCGUUCAUAUUAAAACCUAUUUGUGUCCUGACAGCCACAAACACAGAUGUAUCUGUUUUUGAGGUGAAUCUGGACAUCAGCGCAUGUACUGUAGACCAGUAUACCAGGUAUACUCUGGCUGACGAUGUUGCGGGACAGGAACAUGUCGAAUGUGUCGGGGGCUCUCUCCAUGGCUGUGGAGGGGGGGAACAGCAGCAGAGGCGCUCUGCAGGUAUCUCCUCCGCAGGUGGCAGUGGGCGUGCUGCUGACCCUCAUCGACCUGGUCACCUUCCUGGGCAACACUGUGGUGUUUAUCUGCCCGCUGGUAGAGAGGCGGCUCCGCACCGUCACCUACAUGUUCAUCAUGUCCCUGGCCAUGGCUGACCUGCUUGUGGCGUGUCUUGUCAUGCCCUUCAGUAUUAUUUAUGAGGUGACGGGGAUGUGGCUGUUCGGGAAGCAGUUCUGCAAGAUGUGGAUCUCAUUUGACGUGCUGUUCUGCACGGCGUCCAUCGUUACACUGUGCUUCAUCAGCCUGGAUCGAUACUGCUCUGUCGUCACGCCCCACCACUACCCCAGGAGGAUGUCACGACGCAGAUGCAUCAUCAUGACAGUCACAAUCUGGGUCUAUUCCUCAUUAAUCUCAUUCCUGCCGGUCAUGCAGGGCUGGAACGAAAUCCCGGGAGUAGACUUUGACUCGGGUACCGACUGCAUUUUUGUCACCAACUGGAUGUUCGCUAUCGUGGCGUCUGCCUUGGCUUUCUACAUCCCGUUCCUGAUCAUGUGCACCAUGUACUUUUUCAUCUACCGCGCAUCCCGCCUGAAAGCUACACGCAUCAUGGCCCAGACCCUGGACCUGCACUACCACCCCGACAGCAAGCGUCCCAACAACCUGCAGCUGGAGAACAAGGCCACACGCACCAUGAGCAUCAUCAUCUCUAUCUUCAUCAUGUGCUGGCUGCCCUACUUCGUGCUCAACGUGUGGAUCGCUGCCAAGGGCUCCGGCAGCGACAGCCCUGUCAUCACCUGCAUCUUUAAGGUCAUUACCUGGCUGGGCUACUGCAACUCCACCAUCAACCCCAUGCUGUACGCCUUCCUGAACCGGGACUUCCAGAGGGCGCUCAAGAAGCUGCUGAUCUGCCAGCGCUGGAGGUCCCAGGUGGACAUCGGGGAGGACAUGGUCUCCAUCGUGACCUUCUCCCGCACAGCCCAGGACCCCGAGUACAGCGUGAAGGCCACCAUCCUGUCCAGCAGGGGGGCUCUGAAGAGCAAGUCCAAGCAAUGAACCGACAGACACACUCACUACUGCUCUCAGAGGCUGCACAAGGAGUGAGCGAAGAGCACGUGGGGAACCUUUUGGAGAUUCAUUCACUUACAAGCAGUUAUCUGCAUAUGCUUAGUUAAUAAAAAUACUACUUCAUUGUUGAAAGCUUAAAUAGGAACAGUAAAUCAUUACUUUUUUUUUUUUAAACAGUGCUUAUAGAGAGAGGUAGCAACAAAGGGUAAUAAAGAGACAGGAACCAAAGUGAGUGCUUUAAUAUAUUGUGGAUACACAGUAAUCUCCUGGAUGUGAGAAUGUUUUCUAACAGCCCCUGCUACUCCUGCAGGCUCGGGGCUAGCACUGUCAGAGCAACUUUUUAAAAUGAUGCAAUAACUGAAUCUGAACAGUUACUUUGUCUUUAUCAAACCAUCAGCACUGCACUCUUCAUGCAGCACCCAGGUCCCUUUUCAUGGGUGGGGGGGUUACAGGAUUCUUACCUGUUCACACUCCACGCACCUGAUCAGCAGGUUUCAGGAUAUUGGAGAUGUUUAGUUGGUUUCAACACAUUAAAAAUGAAACUUUCUGUACAUCGACUGUAUAAAUGUAAAUAGAUUAUAUUAAAAUGUUCAUGUGGCCUGGAUGUACAAGUGGAGGACUUGUACAUUUUAUUAUUUUAAUUGUACUUAUUUUAACAGGAAAUACAUGAGUUAUUUUGAAACGGAGAUAACAAUAUGUUACUAGCUUAUGAAAAAACACAAAUCUACAGCUAGCACUUCAUCUAACCUGCAAUAAAUAGACAGCUCCAGUUACCGUACACGUUCUAACCAGUGUAAUGAAUUCUGGUAGCUGGCUAUAUUAUUCACUUCCUUUAUUGAUGGUGUAAUUGAGAGCAUUUGGACAGGUGCAUUACUUUAGCUUUUCUGCAUUUGAUGUAAUAAACAGUAAAAUGACACAUGUAAAAGCUGGAAACCACAAAUUACAUUAGAUCAUCAGGCUUCCUUUUUGUUGCUUGACUUCAGGACACAAAAAUGAUCUGAAGACACAUGGCUCUAGAAAAAGACAAGGGCAUACAAGAACACAGAAACAUCCUGAACUACACCCCCACAUUAAACUAGGAGGGUGUAGGCUGUGGGAGAGAAGGGCUCUUUAGCAAGCAGCCAAGGACCCGUGGGUAUUAUGUAGUUUGGUUUUCAAUUGAGGAAAAGCAAAUAAACAAAGUUUGCAUUUCGUCUCUCAGAAGCCUUGGUAGUUGACCUUGUCUGUUCGAUAAGGAAUUACACACAUUGCCCAUUUCUCUGAAAUAAGUAGAUAUAUACACUACUGCGUAAAACAAAUGUUUAAAGACUUAGCAAAAUGUACAAUGUAAUUCAACAAAUUGUUUAUAAAGGAAAAUCCCUGAAAUACAACAGUAAUCAUGCACCAUGCCAGACCUGCUGUAUGGUUCAAGUUCCUUGCAAUAAUUUAAUGAAAAUAAGUUGAUGUAAUACAUUAUACAAAAAAACCCCCAAAAAACACACUAAUAUUUGUAUGUAACAUGUUAGAAUGCUAUCCAAGAGAAUAUUAUCUUCAUUCAAAUAAUUUACUGAACUUUAAAAUCCAAUAAAAAACAAGAAGCCAGAAUUUUAAAAAUGUCAUAGCGCAGUUUUAUUAAAUUAUUUAGACUUCACUUAGAAGUCACAAUAUUUCAAUGCACUUGUCAAUUAUUGCAACAAGUGCAUUAUUUCAUACCACAACCCAAAUGGAUUGAUUAAGCAUCAACAUAAAUAAAAGCAAACCUAUACAGUAUAUUUACAUACUAACAAAAAGGCAGAAACCAUAGAUUGUGCUUAAAAACUAAUUUACAUGGAUGCAGAACAGACACUUUGUUUGGUAUUCUUUGUAACGGAUGGAUAUCGUCUCUUCACGGGUCAGAAAAAAAACUGUCCAAGAACACCAAAUUCUUUCAGCAAUUCAAGCUGUAUCUUCAGUUAUCUGGGAAUGAACCAUACCCUUGAAUACUUACAGAUCCAGGGAGCAAAAUACUAUACACAUUUAAAUACUUUGCUUAAAAAUACAAGUACAAUAAAAUCUACAAGCUGAACUGUAAUAAAGACUUUCUUCAUUUAUUUUAUAUAUAUAUAUAUAUAUAUA